AUGCUCACACUGACAGCAGAUGCUUCUCUGCCGCCGACCCACAAUGCACUGCUGCCUCCUGUGAUUGUGUUCGAAGCCCAGUCUCGCUCCGGGACAAACGCUGAGGAAUCACCAAAACAAACUCACAAACAACAAUGGACCUGCUCACACUCUCCAUCAGCACUUAUCUACCAGAGAGGCAGCUGUGGGAACCCCCGGAGAGGGACCAGGAGGAGAGGGACCAGGAAGAGAGGGAGCGGGAGGGGAGGGACCAGGAGGAAAGGGACCAGGAGGAGAGGGAGCGGGAGAGAGAGGGAUCAGGACUCUCCAUCAGCACUUAUCUACCAGAGAGGCAGCUGUGGGAACCCCCGGAGAGGGACCAGGAGCGAGAGGGACCAGGAAGAGAGGGAGCGGGAGAAGAGGGACCAGGAGGAAAGGGACCAGGAGGAGAGGGAGCGGGAGAGAGAGGGAUCAGGACUCUCCAUCAGCACUUAUCUACCAGAGAGGCAGCUGUGGGAACCCCGGAGAGGGACCAGGAGCGAGAGGGACCAGGAAGAGAGGGAGCGGGAGGGGAGGGACCAGGAGGAGAGGGAGCGGGAGAGAGAGGGCUCAGGACUCUCCAUCAGCACUUAUCUACCAGAGAGGCAGCUGUGGGAACCCCCGGAGAGGGACUAG